GACGCGACUGCUCCCGUCCGUGUCCUCUCCAUGCAGCAGCCAGACGUGUCACGACAAUAGAUAAUCCAGUAAAACAGCAACAGCCAUCAUUCCCAGCAGCCCCACAGCUGACUCAGCUAGAGGGGUGAGACAAACUCAAUAGCAGGAUGGAGGCUUCGUUCGGUCCAACCUUUGCAGCCGUAGCUGCUGGAGCUAAAGCAGAAACAUCCAGCACAUAUAAGCAACAUAGAAGAACUCCCUCCUCCUCCAGCACCUUGACCUACUCCCCUCGGGAUGAUGAUGAUAUGCCACCCAUUGGAACUCCUCGAAGGUCUGACUCGGCCAUCUCAGUGCGAUCUUUCCAUUCGGAGUCCAACAUGUCCCUGCGCUCCACGUUCUCUCUCCACGAAGAGGAGGACGACAUGGAGCCCCAAGUAUUUGCUGAGCAGCCGUCAGUCAAGCUGUGCUGCCAGUUGUGCUGUAAUGUUUUCAAGGACCCUGUCAUCACCACUUGUGGGCACACCUUCUGCAGACGAUGUGCCUUGACCUCAGACAAGUGUCCCGUGGAUGCGGCAAAACUGACCGUCGUGGUCAACAACAUCGCAGUGGCCGAGCAGAUCGGCGAGCUCUUCAUUCACUGUAAAUACGGCUGCAGGGCCACCGUCAGUGGCGCGGCUGUGGGCGGGGCCGCCAACACCACUGUGGCGGGCAAACCCGGAGCGUACGAAGUGGACCCAAUGGGCUGUCCUUUCACCAUCAAACUAUCGGCACGCAAAGAACACGAAGCCAGUUGUGACUACAGGCCCGUGCGCUGCCCCAACAAUCCCUCCUGCCCCCCGUUGCUCACCAUGAACUUGGAGGCGCACCUGAAAGAAUGCGAGCACAUCAAGUGUCCACACUCAAAAUACGGGUGUACUUUCAUCGGUAACCAGGACACCUACGAAACCCACCUGGAGAUGUGUAAAUUCGAAGGGCUGAAGGAGUUUCUGCAGCAGACCGACGACAGAUUCCAUGAGAUGCAGCUGACUUUAGCUCAGAAGGACCAAGACAUUGCUUUCCUGCGCUCUAUGUUGGGCAAACUGUCUGAGAAGUUAGAUCAGCUAGAAAAAAACCUGGAGCUCAAAUUUGACAUGCUGGAUGAGAAUCAGAGUAAACUAGGCGAGGACCUUAUGGAAUUUCGCCGAGACGCUUCCAUGCUCAAUGACGAGCUGUCCCAUAUCAAUGCUCGGCUCAACAUGGGCAUCUUGGGCUCAUAUGACCCCCAGCAGAUUUUCAAGUGCAAAGGCACUUUUGUUGGCCAUCAGGGACCAGUUUGGUGUCUUUGCGUCUACUCCACUGGAGACUUGCUCUUUUCUGGCUCUUCGGACAAGACCAUCAAGGUAUGGGACACGUGCACCACCUACAAAUGUCAGAAGACGCUGGAAGGACACGAUGGCAUCGUGCUGGCGCUCUGCAUCCAGGGCAACCGCCUCUACAGCGGCUCUGCAGACUGCACCAUCAUUGUGUGGGAUAUCCAGACUCUGCAGAAAGUCAACACCAUUCGUGCCCAUGACAACCCCGUUUGUACGCUGGUCUCCUCCCACAACAUGCUGUUCAGCGGCUCCCUCAAGGCCAUCAAGGUGUGGGACAUUGUGGGGACAGAGUUGAAGCUGAAAAAGGAGUUGACUGGGCUGAAUCACUGGGUCCGAGCACUGGUGGCCUCUCAGAACCACCUGUAUAGUGGAUCAUAUCAGACCAUCAAGAUUUGGGACAUCCGCUCCUUGGAGUGUGUCCACGUCUUGCAGACCAGCGGGGGCAGUGUCUACUCUAUCGCCGUCACUAAUCAUCACAUCGUCUGCGGCACCUAUGAAAACCUCAUUCAUGUGUGGGACAUUGAGUCCAAAGAGCAAGUGCGGACCCUGACGGGACACGUGGGGACGGUUUAUGCUCUCGCCGUCAUUUCCACGCCCGACCAGACCAAAGUGUUCAGUGCCUCCUACGACCGUUCGCUAAGGGUGUGGAGCAUGGACAACAUGAUCUGUACCCAGACCCUGCUCAGACAUCAGGGCAGCGUCACAGCUCUGGCUGUGUCCCGAGGUCGCCUUUUUUCCGGAGCAGUGGACAGCACAGUGAAGGUGUGGACAUGCUGAAGAGCGAGCGAGCGAGCCAUCCCUCCAGAGAUCUUUAUCACGUUUGUCUGUGUCAGACAGACAUCCCAAACGCCAUCAUUCCCCCCCUUGUUUGUUCAACGUCACAGCCGCAGUGCAAGAUGUCUUUGCUCAAAGAGCUCCGACCUUUGACCUUUCAAGGUCAUCAGGACCCAGCAAGAUCCAACUCAAGGUCCUCGGUGAUCUCCUCACAUUGUGCAUUACGGUAAAUUCGGUUGAACGCUUUGUGCCUGUAAAUGAUUUGAACGCCACAUUGCAGCUCAAUAGGUGGUCAGGGCUGGUUUCACAAACAUGCUUUUUACAUAUAGUGAUCACGUAAUAUACAGCCUCCCGACUUUUCCUGUUUACAAUAUUUUAUAAAAUGAGGGAGACUGAUUUAAAAAAAUAAAAUAGUGAGCAUUUCUCUUCUCAACUCAGCUUUGUGAAACCAGCCUUUAUAAGAUUCAAGUGAAGAAGAUAGACAUUAUAUCGCUCAGCCACUUGCGUCCAACUUGCUCAGACUAACAGGCCAUAAUCAUAUAUAUAUAUAUAUAUAUAUAUAAAUUUGGGUGUGUUCUUUGAGUGCCAUAUGUAACGGGUGUGAAGAGGUGCUACUCUGAUCGACGGUCUUAAGGCAACAAUGAGUAGAACACUCACUACCAUCAUACGCUUUGUGUUAACAGUCAGCAGGAAGUGAUGGCAGCCCGAGUGCCACGAGGCCAACGUAAUGCACAAGUGCCCAUAUUGGGUUCAAUUGAAGCCUAUAGUCAGAGCAACACGUUCGCCCACAUCCCAUUUAUAAGUAGGGUGCACCCACAAAACAUAGACUCAAAUGUUUCAAUACUUUGCUUUCAUGUUAGUGCACUACUUAGAGAUUUCUCGUAUACGUGUAAUCAUGUAAGAUCAAGUUGAUCAUCGAUCAAUAAAGCUGUUGUACACUUUGA